UGCGUUCGAAAGUGAGAAAUAGUCCAAAGAAUGAAGCGGUAUUUUCCUUUUUAAAAAUAUUACCAAUCACGAUAGCACAAGAAAAGUUUUUACUACUGAAGAAUUACUUCUGAAAUAAAGUGAAUGGGACGGACGCGUGUCGUACUAAAAAUUUAUAUAAAGUGAUACGAGAACUUUAAGAAGGCCUUUGAUUAAAAUCACUCAGUGAGCAACUUUUAACAAGCCAAAAUGCAAUAUUUACUAUUAGCAUUUCUUUUGGUUGAGACGGUAGUGUCUGUUCAAAAACUUCAAGAACAUUUUGCGUGGAACCAAAUAGAUUAUAACUUUCCCAACGAGGCUAUCCGAAGAAAUGCUUUGCUUACUGGUAGAUUCAAACCACAAAAUAAUUUACCAGUCGGAAUUGAAAUUUGGCAAGAUAAAAUGUUUAUUUCAGUUCCUAGGUGGAAAGAAGGAAUACCUUCAACUUUGAACUACAUCGAUUUAAAUAGUCCGGAGAAGAAUCCAAAAUUAACUCCAUAUCCAAAUUGGGCAUCGAAUGAAUUAGGUAACUGCGAAAAAGGCCUUAGCACAGUAUACCGAAUGAAAGCUGACGAAUGUGACAGACUUUGGGUACUAGAUACAGGUACUUUUGGUAUUGGAAAUACGACUCAAAAUCCUUGUCCGUACGCUUUGAACAUUUUCGAUUUAAGAACGAAUCAAAGAAUAAGAAGGUACGAAUUUAAACCUGAAGAUACCAAUCGAAAUACUUUCAUUGCUAAUAUCGCUGUGGAGCUAGGAUCCACUUGCGAGGAUAGUCAUGCUUACUUCAGCGAUGAAUUAGGUUAUGGCCUCAUUGUUUACUCAUUCAAAGAUAAUAAAUCGUGGAGAUUCUCUCAUAGUUUUUUCAUGCCUGAUCCAUUAAGAGGCGACUUCAAUAUUGACGGUCUGAAUUUCCAAUGGGGCGAAGAGGGAAUAUUCGGAAUGAGCUUGUCCCCUCGAACUGAACUCGGCUACAGAUUAUUAUAUUUCAGUCCUUUGGCUUCUCACAGAGAAUUCGUUGUUUCCACACAAACUCUGCAAAAUAGUUCGAAAGUAGAAGAUAGUUGGAAGGAAUUCUUCGCGUUGGAUGAAAGAGGACCGGAUUCUCAUACUACUUCUAGGGUUAUGGAUGAUAACGGCGUGCAGUUUUUCAAUCUUAUCGAUCAGAAUGCUGUCGGUUGUUGGAACUCGAAAACGCAAUAUAAUAAUAAAAAUCACGGUAUCGUGGAUAAGGAUAACGUCAAAUUGAUAUUUCCUUCAGAUGUUAAAGUCGACAGAAACAAUAAUUUAUGGGUCAUGUCAGAUAGAAUGUCUAAUUUCUUGAUGUCAUCAUUGGAUUAUAGUGAGAUUAAUUUCAGAGUAUUUUUCGCUCCAAUCGAUGUUUUAAUAAAAGAUACUGUGUGUGAAGUUCCCAAUUAUGAACCUGUUUUUUACAGCCAAAAUAACCAAUAUUUUUCGAAAGCUCCCUUACAAAAAUAUUAUAAUGUGUUUGGCCAUAACUUAUAUUAACUAUUAUAAAUGAUUGUAAAUUAUUGAAAAUGAUAUAAAUAUAUUUAAUGAAAUGUUUUUCUUAAUACUUUCAUUAUCCAUUUUCAUCCAAAAGGGCUCAGCUUCGUAAGAUAUGACAAGACUAAAGAAAACCUCAUCUAGGUCUUCGAAUAUCAUUUUUGUCGCUUGCAGAGAAGUUUCUGUUUACUAAAACGUUAGAAAACGCGCUUAAUUUUGUAGGUAAAGAAAAAUUAAUUUCAAAAUUGGCUGAGUAUUAUUUAAUUAAUGCUCUAUGUCCAUCUAUUCUUAUAUGAUCUAUUUUAUGCCCUCUCCAGACUCUCCAUAGGUACUACAAGUGCUAGCUAUCCACACUCUCGAUUGAUUCAAUUCCUCGCUACUUCUGCUACAAAAUGGACGUGAUUCAAUUGACAUUUAUACACGAAAAGGACUAGUUGAAACUUUUUUCUUUAAGAUAAUUUUCCAGAUUUUAUCUACUUUAUAUCUACAAUAUACUACAACACAAAAAUUAUUCGUUGUACUUCAUAAAAAGUGGUAAAAUUUCCAGCUACUUUUAGACGAAGAGGUAUAGGAAGUAUUAGAAUGAAUGUUGUUAGUGUUAAUUCCUGUAUCAGUACACCAACACUUUCAAUUACACUGUCUGACUGAGUGUUUCGAUAACCAAAUUAUCAUCUUCAGAAACUGACUCGUACCACAUUAUCUUGCAGUGUUUUGAUUUAAAUGGGACUAUCCUUGUAUACUCUACUUUCAAUUUAAUUUCAAAACGAAGUUAAAUGAAUCUCAUUACAAGUUAUCAAUUGAAAAAAAGUCAAUAGUGGUGAAUGAUUUUGUCAAAAUAUCAUAUGUAUAACGUCAGAUUCGUGCUGAUAUUUACAAAUCAUUUUUUCGUCUAUCACUUCUCAAAAUAUAUUUUUACAAUCAAUCAAUUUUUACAUGCUUUAUAGUCGUGAGUAAUAAAAUAUUAUAUCUAUUUUACGAGCUUAGAUCAAACAUGACUUGUACGUGGGUAAUUGUGCGAUUGUUUCGCAAAUAUAUCAAAGAAAAUAUCAUCGAAAAUAUAUUUGGAGCUUUAAAGAUUUCUCGAAUUGCUUAUACUA